CGGAAGUUUUUGGCUGUUCUAACUGAAGAUGACUACUGCCUAACCCUGGAUUCACUGUUCUAACUGAAGAUGAAUACUGCCUGACCCUGGAUUCACUAUUUCUUGUGAUGGACACAUCAACAUUGUGUCAAGUGUUGGCUGUUACAAUUUGAAAAGACUGCAGAUUUCAGCUUUAGAAUGAUCAUAUACAAUUCAACGUCAUUGUAAAACAAAUUAAUAUACAUAUAUACAUUUUUUACAUUGAUUCCAAACAACAAUCAUAGCAGGUAAAGUAUCGUGUAAGUUUCAGGAAAAAAAAACAAUGGAAAAGUUUAAAAAGAUCAUCAAACGAGCAGACGAUAGAAAUACCAAGCCUCGAGGUCGUUCACGAAUCAUGAGUACUCCGACACUGAGGAUCGACUUUGCAGACGACAUGGAGGAGUCUGAAAAUGAUGACGAGGAAGACCCCCGAGAGCGGAUUAACCUCCCUAACACCUUCGUCCAUCCCAGACUCUGUCGGGUAGCCGGACUACACCGUCAAAGGACCUUCCACCAUGUCCGAUCAGUGUCUUAUCCAGGACACUGGGACGGGAACACGAAAAAGAAUGAGAACAUCUACCGUGGUUUGUUGAGGAGUUUGCUGCACCCAUUAGGAGCCCCAGACAAAACAGUUGGACUACGCCCAGGAGAUCUUGUCGACCAUCUGAGAGAGGUGUUUGAAGUUGACAGAGAUGAACAUGAAUACUUCAUCAAAGAAGAGCUCUCCAACAAGCCAAGGUGUCUCCAGGCUAACAUCACAGUUUUGGAAGGAGAUGGGUUGAAACAAUUGGACGGCUCUAACGACCUUGGUGACCCCUACUGCUUGGUCAGUAUAGUCCAUCACUUGCAGCGUAAUCUCAAGGUGUCUCCGAAGUCUUCACCACGGAACUCGCCUAAAAUGUCACCUAAGAGCAGGAAAACAUCUGGUAGUCAGUUGUCUACUGAGCAACAGGAUGAUGUGCUCCGGACUGCUGCGGUCAAGCACUCCGCCUCGCCUCACUGGAACGACGAAUUCCAGCUGUUAAUUGAUGAGCUGCUUGUGGAUGAGAUACAUGUGUACGUCUGUGACCAGGAGGUCGAGUCUAAUGGAGAAGGAAAACACCACAGUACAGAUUGUAAACACCAAAUGGCUGAUAAACACCAUGGAAUCAAACAUAAUGUAACAACCCUGUUCCGGUUAAUUAGACAGAUGGCUGACCACAACAAACAUCAUGAUGGCUGCUGGGGGCGAGUAGUCAUACCAGUGAGGGAUAUUCCAGCUCAUGGCUGCGAUUGGUGGUGGGAUAUACACCCUCUGUCAGGAAAAUCCAAGUCUGCCGGCCGCAUUAGACUGAAGCUUGACAUCUCUCACAGAAUGGAAAGUGAAUGUGAGGCGGAGGAGUUUUUCUCUGUAGAGGACUAUUACCAGGCCACACAACAGAUCUAUGAACAUACGGCAAAGUCAGCCAAGGAGACAGGAACAUCAAUGGAAGCCCAUUUACCAGCCAAGGAGAGACGAAUUCUGGACAGCUUUGCAAUUUCACACAAAAUUGGCAAACUGUCCCAGGCUGUUGUACAUGUGAUUGUCCUGCUGGAGUGGACAACAACUAAUGAAGAUAUUGUCCACACUGACCAUGCCCUUACCACGGCCAUCCAUGACCUUCAGAUGACCUGGGUCACCCAGCAGUUAGAUGUGUCUACAGUCACUCAGAAGAUGCCACUCACAGAUGCAGAGAUCUCUAUGUACAGGAAAGCUGCCUCCAAGUAUAUCACCUGGGUAUCGGACCACCUAGAGGAACUGCCAGUCCUGUUUCCUCCCUCGCUAGACAACAUCAACAUACUCAAGGCCAAGUUAGGGAUAGUAAUACAGCUUGUGGAACUUGACCUUUGGGAGACAAAGUCAGCACCAUUGAACAACCUCACCGCCAAAGUCCUUAAAAAACUUCAGGAGGAUGUGGAUGAUUGGAUGGACGUCAAAGUGGCUGCUAUAAAGAAGCAUGAUCUUGUUAAGGAUUCAGUUAUUCCUGAACUGACCGCCCUCGGAGAGCUGGUCAAUAGUGUGUCCUCUCACCUUAACUCCAUGGGGGUGGUCAAGACACUCUUCACAGCGCUGGGCAUCAUUUACUACAGGGUAGUGUCAUUCGCUGUGGAGAAAAAGAUAAGUCCAGUGAUGAAGGAACUGAUGAUGGAGAUGGACAGGUACCAGAGACGAUACCACAACUUUCCAGUUAACGUCACUGCUAGUAGUCGCCUCUCUCUGAGGGUAUACUUCGCCGUCAGGAAGUUCUAUAAUAUCAUCCGUGACAACAUCAGUCGCCGGGACGUGUUCCGUCUGUCUAUAUCACACUACCAGCAUUGGUACCAGGAAGCCCUGGUGUUCUGGGUACAGACCUUCAGGACAGAGUGUACCAACCGCAUAGAACGUGCCUUGGAGAUCGACAAAGAUGUGGUCGUUGUAACAUCUCUUGUGAAAUUUUCAAAUUCUUCAGUAGAUGUUCUUUCAUGUUUUGCCAAGAUAACAGAAGAAUGGCGUCAGAUCGAUUUCCAUGACCCAGACUCGGCGUUGAUGGGCGUGACUAAGAUCACUGAUUUGAUUUGUGAUGGUGCUCGCAUGUACGGAGAAAAAAUACAUUCCAUUUUGGAGAGAAACUGUUACUAUGACGACUCUUUAGAACAGUUUGAUGUGACAGAACGGCUCUGUAUCACUCUGAACAACAUUGAACAUGUCCGUCAGUAUCUUACCGAGCUGCCACAGCUCCUGGACUGGGACUCAAUUGUCAUGCUGAUAUCCACUCGAUAUGAAAAUGAUGAUGUUGGCAAUCAAGCCCUAUCAACACUAAAGAGGCUUAUGGACACGGCCAACAAAGAGAUCAUAUUGAAGAGUUCUCUCCUUUUACAGCAAAUUAUGGAGAAAAUGAAAGUGGAUAUUGCUCGAUAUAUGGAAGUUUUUACCAUCCAACAUCCAGAGAAGGCAUCAUCAGUGGACCAGUUGAUUGGCUAUUUAUCGACCAAUCUGAGGACACUACAUGAUCGUCUGAUCUCAUCGAUCUUCCCAAGGAUGAUCCUCCAACUUUGGGAUACCGUAGUUAACCUACUGGACCAACAGCUACAAGUUGGGAAAAGACCAGAGUAUUAUCAGCAGAUGAAACAGCAUGUACGAGCUUUGACAUCCUAUUUUGUUCGUGGCGGCUGUGAAGAUGGCAAGAUUGAUUCUGUUCAUUUUGAAUUACUUAAACAGAGGAUUGAUAUCAAUUGUAUGUCUACAGAGGAGCUGAUGUUAUCCUACCUGAAGUCAUUGGCUGACAACAUUGAAACACCAGUGGAAUACUUUGGCCAUCUUGCUCUCAAGACAGCAUAUCUAGAGGAGACAAGAGGCAAUAUCACUCUGUUUGUGAAAGUGAUAAGAGCAACCGACUUGCCUGGUUUGGACCCAUCCGGCCUCAGUGAUCCCUAUGUGUUGACCAGUGUCCUCCCACAGACCAUGUUUGGUCACCAUAAGCCGCAGAAAACACGAGUGGUGGAGAAAACGCUCAACCCUGUCUUCAACGCCACGUUCCAAUUUCCAAACAUCCCUCAGGAAUACCUCAACACACAAGGAGCAGUCAUCCUGUUAAGUGUUAUGGACCAUGACCACAUUGGCCAGGAUGACUUUGCCGGGGAAGUUGUGCUGCAUCUCUCUGGGGUAGAACGUAUCAGCAUGUCAGAGACAGUUGACGCCAAACCUGUCGUCAUGAUGGCUGUUAAACGAUCGUUCACGCCCGCACAUGGCCCAUAUAAGGUGUUGACGGAGAGGAUGUCAUGGGAUCGGUCAGCCAAGCAUUACGUGACAGAGAGGCGACGGUACCUUGAUGUGAAAAGUGUGAGGACGGACCAGCCCUCUAAAAUGUCUAGCUUCUUUUCCUUCCUCAAAGGUCCAAAGACAUGAGCUCCGUAACUGACUAGGCAGACGUCCAUUCCUGCAGUAGAUUGUACUCUUACAUAACUGUGGAGGCUGGUGGUUGUCUCCUCAAGCUUUCUAGAAAGAGCGCAUGCUAUAACUGUAAAGGCCAGUGUCUCCAUUCCAAGAAAAGUCCAUAUAUAACUGUGGAGGCCAGUGAGAGCAUAACUCUGGAGAGGCAGGGAAGGCAUGUUAAGUUGCCUGAUCAAAGAGGUCGAUAAUCGUCUCUUUUUCAGGAAAAGGUGCAGAUUCUGUGAUACCUGUAUCAUGCAGUGCUUAAUUAUUCUUAUUCCUUGUAUUU